AUGGCCCUGAGUGCUGUUAGUAAUCUGAGGUGGGGCUCAGACUUUGAGAUGUCUGACUUCAAGAUCCAUUCUCUUCUAGUAUGUCCUGAAACAUGCAGCUUAAAUAGGAGUGAUCUUGGAAGAGAAAUCCUCAAAGCAGCUUUCUCCUUUUGUCAGAGAAUGAAGAGCCUGACAGGGGUCAUGUCAGUCGAACUUUUCUUCUUGCCGCUCUUCUACUCUUGGAUCCCAAGCUGGGAUCUGGGUCUUAUAGUCUUUGGCUCUUCUGACCACAAAAUCUGUCCCACAGCCUCUGCAGCCACAGCCUGCGCUCCGUGGUGCCCUCCGAACUCCAAGUGUGUCAGUGCCACCACCUGUCGUUGCCUGCCAGGAUUCAGUUCUUUGUCUGGAGAGCUCAUCACCAACCCCUUGGAGAUCUGUGAUGACAUCAAUGAGUGUGGACCACCAGCGACAGUGUCCUGUGGAAAAUUUGCAGACUGCCAGAACACGUAUGGGAGCUACUACUGCACGUGUUUCCCAGGAUAUGAGCUUGUGUCUGGGGGAUCAACAUUCAGGAAUGAGAGUGAGAACACGUGCCAAGAUGUGGAAGAAUGCCAGCAGUACUCUCAAAUAUGUAAAAGCCACAGCAUCUGCAUCAACACCCAGGGCAGCUACACCUGCAAGUGCCUGCCUGGCUUUGAGCUCAACCUGAAGGACCCGAAGCAGUGCACAGACGUGAAUGAAUGUUCCAGCGGGCAGAACCCCUGCCACAAGACCACCCACUGCCUCAACUUCGUGGGAGGCUAUGAGUGCCGCUGCCGCCCCGGCUGGAGGCCGGUCCCUGGGUCCCCCAAUGGCCCAAACAACACCGUCUGCGAAGACAUGGAUGAGUGCAGCUCCGGGCAACACCAGUGUCACAACUCCACUGUCUGCGACAACACUCUGGGCUCUUACAAGUGCCGCUGCCGCCUGGGCUGGAGGCCCAAACCGGGAUUCCAGGACAACCAGAUCACCACCAUUUGUGAAGCUGUAGCCAUCAAUCCAGCCACCAAGACUGCAGCCAAUCAAGUUCUCAUGCCAGCUGCCAAGCCAGCUGCCAAACAGUCCUCACAGAACCCAGGGAACCUGUGGCAGGACCUGGAAAUGACUCAACUGCAGUUGGCUAUGGAAGAUCCCUGUGAGUCCUGGGAGGGACCUGAAAUCAUUUCAAAUGUUGGCCAUCACACAAUACUGGUAAGAAAAUACAACACUACAUUGGUGUCAAUGAAAGGGUCAACCAGACAGAUCAAUAAGGAACAAUACCUUAAAUGUGGAAUUAACCAGAUGGGCCUACUAGAAACUUAUAGGUCACCACACCACAAAAAUGCUGAGCACAGAUUCUUAGGGGCACAAGAAAUAGUCUUGGACAGUAUGUUGGAUGACCAAGCAAGAGUAAAUAACUUCAUGGAGACUGAAAUCAUUACCUUUUCAGAUCAAAAUGGACUGUCCAUGGAGGUACAGCAGCAAGGAGACAGGAAUGUCACGCUGACUCAGAAUCAGGUGCAGAUGAUGCUGACAUGGGACGUAGAGUCAGAAUCUGGCUCCUCAGGUCCUGCUGUGUUGGGCCUUGUCUCCAUCCCAGGGAUGGGCAAGUUGCUGACGGAGGCCCCUCUGGCCCUGGAGACUGAGAAGCAGGCUGUUCUGCAUGAGACACACAAGCAUUUUCUACAAAAUGUCUCCUCCGUCCUGCUCUCAGAUGUCAUCUCUGCCUUUAUGAGCAGCAAUGCCACCCAAAACCUCCACUCCCCUGUCACCUUUGUCUUCAAGAAUUCAGUGACUCCUGAGUCAGGGCAGGAGAUACUUUGUGUCUACUGGGAGCGUGAUCAGAGUGGAUGUGGUGGCCACUGGGCCACCAAAGGCUGCAGGAUGGUGAGUGACAGAGACACCGGUACCACCUGCCAGUGCACCCACCUCAGCAGCUUUGCUGUCCUCAUGGCCUCCUACAGUGUGCAGGGGGAGGAUCCUGUGCUGGCUGUGAUCACCUACGUGGGACUGAGCCUCUCUCUGCUCUGCCUCUUCCUGGCCGCCAUCACUUUCCGGCUGUGCAAAACCAUCCAGAACAUCAGUACCUCCCUCCACCUGCAGCUCUCACUCUGUCUCUUCCUUGCCCAUCUGCUCUUCCUCACGGCCAUUGACAGAACUGAAAUCAAGGUCCUGUGCGCCGCCAUCGCAGGGACCCUACACUACCUGUACCUGGCCUCCUUCACCUGGAUGCUGCUGGAGGGCCUGCACCUCUUCCUCACUGCGCGCAACCUGAUGGUGGUCAACUAUGCCAGUGUGAACAUGUUCAUGAAGAAGUUUAUGUUUCCGGUGGGCUAUGGAGUCCCAGCUGUGAUUGUGGCCAUUUCUGCAGCAUUCAGGCCUGAGCUUUAUGGAACAGCUGCCCGUUGCUGGCUUCACACAGAGAAGGGAUUUAUAUGGGGCUUCCUUGGACCAGUCUGUGCCAUCUUCUCUGUCAAUAUAGUUUUCUUUCUGAUGGCACUCUGGAUUUUGAAAAACAAACUCUCUUCCCUCAACAGUGACGUGUCCACCAUCCAGAACACAAGAAUGCUGACAUUUAAAGCUACUAUUCAGGUCGUCAUCUUGGGAUGCACAUGGUGUCUGGGAAUCCUGCAGGUGGGUCCGGGUGCCCAGGUCAUGGCCUACCUGUUCACCAUCAUCAACAGCCUGCAGGGCGUCUUCAUUUUCCUGGUCUACUGCCUCCUCAGCCAGCAGGUCCGGGAGCAAUAUGGAAGAUGGUGCAAAAUGGUCAGGAAGUUGGGAGCUGAGUCUGAGAGCUACACACUCUCCAGCAGGGUCAUUUCUGAUGCCUCCAAACCAAGCAUGGUAAGGUCACAGGUUGCGCCCAGAGCCCUUCACUAAUUGAACCACUUGAACAGCAUAUAGCUGCUACACUGGACAGUCUGGGCAUAUAGAAGGCGAUACCCUCAG